GGAAGAGUACACCUAUGUUCUUUUCGUUGUUGAAAUCCUAGGAAAUACUGCGACUUCAUGGCCAACCUUUAUCGUUUCGCAAAGUCGGGCAGCGGCUAGCGUUGUCGCGAGCUGAUGUCUUAUCACACGACUGUUACCCCCAAUCCUCCACAGGCGUUUUUUCUGCAGGGAGCUGAGCUAUCAAAGACAGAUCCCGUGUUCAUCAACUCCCCACCUGACAAUACUACUAAUGUGUCGGAUGUCCCCUCGGUUAUUUGGCCUCGCUACCAACGCUGGUCAGGAGACUGCCAUCGAUGACUUCGCUCGUGAGCUUCUCUAGGCUUCGAAGAACGUAGUCACAUUAACCCACUCUCUAUCUGUGGCGAUAUCAACAACGUGGUAGAGAUAGAUGUGUGCCUGUUGGAUGGACGAUCGACGAUCUCACUCGUUUUAUGAGCGGACAAAAUGGUUUUCAAUACUUCCGAUCAUGAACCAGAAGUUAUCGCAGAAGCCUUUGCAGCGUACCAGCACAUCAAUCAGAGGUGGGAAUGCAUAUGUCUAUCCACGCUUAAUACCAUGACUAUUCCUUGCAUUGCCGUGACUGGGAUGUGUCCUACCUUUUAUCCCGUCACACGAAAGCCAAGUGAUGCGGUGGUUGCUGGUUAAUGGCCGAAAGUAGAGACUAUUAAGGUGCUAAAUUGCGUCACGGUUGCGGGCUACAAUCAUCGGUUGGGUGAAGGUAUGGAGACACUAGACACCAGAUUAUAGAAGGGUUAUUUUCUAGAGUAUGAUCACAUUCAAGGCCCUGGCUAAAUGCCAAUGGGAG